AUGGACUUCCUGCCAAAUUUAACCAACCCAGCAUCUCUCAACAUUAUCUUCCGGGUAUCACGCACUCCACCUAUCAACACUGUAUGUCACAAUGUAGUCUUUUCUCCUUUCUCUUUUCUAUCAUCUUUCUCUUCUUUCUUUUUCUCUGCUUUUCCUUUUCUUUCUCUUUUUUCCUUUCUGUUUCUAUCUAUAUUUCCUUCAUUUCUCUCUCUUCUGCCUCACCUGCUAUCCUCUUCUGCCUCACCUGCUAUCCUCUUCUGCCUCACCUGCUACCCUCUUCUACCGCACCUGCUAUCCUCUUCCGCUCCCCCUGCUACCCUCUUCUGCCUCACCUGCUAUCCUCUUCCAACUCCCCUGCUACCUUUUUCUGCCUCUCCUGCUACCCACUUCUGCCUCACCUGCUAUCCUCUUCCGCCUCAUCUGCUAUUCUCUUCCGUCUCAACUGCUAUCUUCUUCUGCCUCACCUUCUUUCCUCUUCUGCCUCACCUGCUACCCUCUUCUGCCUCACCUGCUUUCCUCUUCUGCCUCACCUGCUUUCCUGCCUCACCUGCUACCCUCUUCUGCCUCACCUGCUAUCCUCUUCCGAUGCCCAUUUGGGAACCACUGCUCUCAAUCAGUGGUUCUUAA